AUGAUUGAAAACUCUGCCCGGAAUUCUUUAUCAAACACUGACGAGCACUCGGUUGAGAAAACAGUGUUGUUGAUGAAUAUAAUCGGAACGAUAUACCGUGGCCUUGGUCAAAAUAUGUCUAAAGCUCAGGAAUUUCAUCAACUUGCAUUGGAUCUUUCCGAAAGGUACGAUUUGAAGAACGAGAAGGCAACGUCACUGCACUUGCUGGGAAUAAUUCAUCGUUACCAGAGAAAUCUAGACACGGCUUUAACCCACCAUGAAGAAGCAGUGGAACUUGGAAGAAAGAUUUUCUCUACAAAAGAAAAUGGUCGAUUGGCUGCAUUCUUAUUAAACCUGGCUGUUGUUUACAACCGUCUUAAAGAGUUCGAUAAAGCUCGCGAGACGUACCAAGAAACCUUGAAAUUGGUUAAGGAAGCGUACGGCCCACGCGAUCAACGGGUCGCAAGAGUUUUGAACACACUAUCGACCUAUUAUUACACCGUGGGGAAUUACCGUGAAAGCGUCGAAGCUCUGUUAGAAGCGCUUAGCAUUCACGAGGAAAUUCAUGGCAACUACCAUCCAAACGUGGGACAAACUUUAUAUGCUCUUGGGUUCACGUAUCGUGCCAAAGGUGAUCUCGAAGAAUCGCUUCAAAUGUUGUCGAGAUCCUUGCAAAUUAUGCGCCAGUAUUACGGAGAUAAACAUUAUCAAGUCGCUGAGGUGCUUCAUGAUCUUUCUAAUACACAAAGGGAACUGAACAUGCUCGAUGAUGCCCUGGAAAAUGCUAAAAAGUGCAUUUAUAUUUUUCGAAAAACACUCAAUGAAAAUAGCUCAGCAGUUGCAACAUCAAUCAACGGCCUCGGGCAUAUUUAUCUGGCCCGUGGCGAUCCAGUUACCGCUCAAACAAAGUUCGAAGAAGCCCUUAAAAUUUUCGAGAAAUUACAGAAGCAUGGUUUCCAGGGAGUGAGUAUUAGCGAAACUCUCGGAAAUAUUGCCGUAGCUUUGAAACAGCGUGGAGAAACGGAGAAAGCGAAAGAGUAUGUUUCCAGGGCUUUAAAGUUAGUUUUGGAGGUGCACCCCGAAACCCAUCCGCGGAUAAAGAAAUUGCGCGAAUUGGAAAACGAUCUCGAAAGUGCCAGUGAAAAUCGUAAGGAAUCUGAUAAUGAACUUUAG